AUGAAGUUUGCAGUUGUAGUUAUGAUGUGUGGGCUGAUUGUUGGUCAAGAUGAAGGGUGUCUUGGAGCAUCUCUGGCAGGAUUUCGACCUGAGAAAGAAUCACAGGAAACGGGUUCCGUCCGUUCCAGAAGAAGCACGGUGGGGGACUUUUUGGAGGAUCCCAACCUGUGUUUCUCUCUGCGAGAAAACGACACCCAGCAGCAGCUCCUGUGCAACGACCGCAGGAAUAAAUUCAACGUCAACCCGUUCGGCCUUCGCUUCGGCAAGCGCUACAACCAUGCUUCCAUCUUCAGGAAAGCUGUUAAAAGAGCCAGAACAAGCAGAUUUUCACCUCCUACGCUCUUUCCCCGACAACUGGAAGUGCUGACCUGA